AUGGUGACAGCACAGCAGUCGUUCAAAAUAUCGUUCUAUCCAAGCACAGUGACGGUCGAGGCGACGCGGGGAGCGGACGCAGAGCACCUGGCCAUUGACCGCGCGAGCGGCGUGGUGCGGCUGGAGGAGACCAGCGCGUCGGCAGCAUUCAGUGCAACACCGCAGCGGACGUUCACGGCGCACGGGAUACUUGGCGUGAUCAACCUCCUGCGCGGGGCAUACUUGGUGGUGAUAACCGGGCGUGAGGCAGUGGGGUCGAUUGGCGGCUCGACAGUGUUCCGCGUGUCAGAGACCAAGGUCAUCAAGGCAGCCAGCGAUGCAUACCAGGUGUCGGGCACGGCGGCAUUCGACGAGGCGCGGUACCUGAAGCUGCUGAGCGAGGCGCUAGCAGCCAAGUCGUUCUAUUUCUCGUACGACUACGACCUGACCAGCUCGCUGCAGCGGCAGCAGCUGGAGAAGCAGCGACUGGGCGGGCAGCCGGGCCUGUACGAGACAGCCAGCGAUGAGUUCUUCUACACAAAGUUCCUGGCACAGCCAAUUAUUGCAGCGGUGCAGGGCCGCGCGCAGGGCAGUGUGUUUGUCUUGCCGGUGAUACACGGAUUCUUCGAGUGCAAGCCCGUCAGCAUCCGUGGCACGCAGUUCAACUACGUGCUGGUGACGAGACGCGGCCGCAAGCGCCAGGGAACGCGGUACUUUUCGCGCGGCGCCGAUGUCGACGGCAAUGUGUCGAACUUUGCCGAGACCGAGCAAAUUGUCGACUUUGCGGCCACCAGCGGAUCGCCGGAGCUGGCUGGACUGCAGCUCGCGUACGUGCAGAUUCGCGGCUCGAUCCCCGUGGCCUGGGCGCAGGUCAUCAACAUGAAAUACGUGCCAGCACUCAAGGUUGAUGUCGACGGCAGUCGCGAGCGCUUCGACAAGCACCUCAACAGCACCAUCGCUAUGUAUGGUGCUGUGGUGGCAGUCAAUCUGGUCAACAAGAAGAAGUACGAGAAGCCCAUGGGCGAUGCGUUUGCGCGGCUGUCGCAGGAGUUCAAGAGCCCGCACUACCACUACACGCACUUUGACUUCCACAAGGAGUGCAGCAAGAUGCGCUACGACCGCCUCAGCCUGCUCACCAACGAGUUGGCCGAGUACAUGACCCGGUUUGGCUCAUUCAAGGCCAAGCAGGGCGAGCCUGAGACCGUGCAGCAGGGCGUGGUGCGCACAAACUGCAUGGACUGCCUGGACCGCACCAACGUGGUCCAGACCGAGUUUGCGCGCAGCGUGCUGACCAAGCAGCUGCGCGAUGUUGGCGUGUUCGGCGCCACCGACGCCAUCGACGCGUUCCCGGCGUUCCAGUCGAUGCUGCGCAACGUAUGGGCCGACAACGCCGACGCUGUCAGCUGUGCGUACUCGGGCACCGGCGCCCUCAAGACUGACUUCACGCGGACCGGCGAGCGCACGCCGCUGGGCGCGCUGCAGGACGGCCGGAACUCUAUCGAGCGGUACGUGCGCGGCAACUUCUUUGACGGCGAGCGCCAGGACGGUAUCGAUCUGCUGCUGGGCCACGUGGAGGUGGACCGGACUGCGAGUCCGUUUGCUGACGACCAGACCCUCGAGAGCAAGACGCUGGUGGGCGCCGUCUACCUGUGUCUGUUCAUGCUGGGAUUUGCCUUCUUCUACCCGCGCGGUGGCAGCUUGUUUGCUUGGCCCAACAUUGUUUUCACUAACAGCUGGCUGCUGGUGCUGGUGCUGGUCGUGCGCAUCAUCAUGGCAUCGCACACGGCUGAGCUGCUGAACUGGCCCAGGCUGUCGGCGUAUCCGUACCGCCCCGACAUCAUGCGCGCGAAUGCAUCCAUGUCGCUGCCGCUGCUCGACCGCCUGUUCUCCAGCGCCGAUGCCAAGGCCGAGCUCAGGAACGAUGAGAUCGACAAGAGCUGGCCCACCACGAAGAAACUAGCCUAA